AUGGGUGGUGUUGACAAAAUAGAUCAGUUGAUUAGUUACUAUCGUAUUUUAAUUAGAUCUAGAAAAUGGACAUUACGAAUGGCUAUGCAUGCAUUCGAUAUUGCAUUACAAACAGCUGGAUUCAAUAUACCAAAGAGGCUGAACACGAAAGAUUUAAUUACUUUUGAAAAGCCAAUAACAYCAAAACGUAAAGGACGUCCGUUGACMACCCCAUUAAAUGAACCGUCUCAACCGUACAAAAUAACAAAAUUAGACUCUCAAAGACCCACAGAAGCAGCAGUGAAUAUCAGCAGUUCUUGGCUAUUGCCAAAAAACGAAUUUCCUGUUUUCUAUCGACAUUUUAAAGACAGAGUUACAUGGUUUGAAGCCGACGCUGUAUGCCAAUUUCACCACGCUCAACUGGCCACAGUUGAAUCUAACAGUCAGUUUGAAGCAAUACGUAGUUAUCUGAAGGAAUUAGACGUAAUCGAKAAUGUUUGGAUUGGUUUGAAGCGAAACAGUGAGGCUAGUGAAUUCACAUGGACUAAUUACCAACCCCUUGCAAGGAGUGGAUACUUUAGAGAAGAAGUUCCACGUUCAUCGGACCCAGUUUGCGUUGUCACUGACCCUACGGCCAACUUCAAAUGGCACAGUUUACAUUGUGGAGGCCCCGAAGUAGCAUCAUUCGUUUGUGAGCUCCCAGUUCCAUAUUGGGCGUCCAAGAACAAUGGUUGCAUGGCAAGUAUGAUGGAAGGUAUGACAGUAACUUUCUUGCCGGAACGUCCUGCCAUUCAAAUCACUAAUGAAUGCAGUCCAGGUGUCUCCAAAAACGUUACUUGCAAAGGAAACAUGAAACAAUCAGAAAUAAUCGAAAAAUUAAGCUGUACUAAUUCUAAUAAACCACUGAAGACGUUAUUUAAACCUGCCAAACCUGAAAUAGUUGAUAUUAAGUUAAAAACAACGACAUCAAGCUCAGAAUCAGACGUUGAAGACUACGCCAUCGAGAUGGCCACGAUUGCUCAGUACAACGACGAAACGUUUCAGUCAAUAUCUAAAGUGAUGGGACGCGGUAGUGGUGGCAUCAUCAACUUACCACAAGAGAUGUCGAUCGCCCAAGAACCAAUUAAUUCUUCGGGCCGAGGAAGUUUUGACACUAAUGGCAUUGAUUCAGCGUUUAUCGGUGGCCAGGUCAAAACCACCAGCACGGGUGUAAGUAGCAUUAGUGCUAGCACUAGCCCUGAAACUAGCACUCGCACUAGUACCAGMACAAGCUCUAGCUCCGCCAGCUCCGUGUCCAGCACGAACUCUUUAACCAGCACUACUAGCACCACACCAAAAAACAAACCGCAAAUUUCAUCGACAAUGAUUAUGAAACAAACAAAGACGAUAACACCGUCACCCAUUGUAACCGCUACUGAGACCACGACUCACACCGGUUCGGCCACCUACACCACGGCGUCUCACAUUACGACACACGCGACUGUAGUAAAUAAAGCGACCCCCUCGGCCACGAAAACCGGCACAACUGGCCGCAUUGCGAUAACCGUUGGCGGCCAACCGACAUCUACCAGUAAAAGUCAUCAUCAUCUUCAACGUGGAAACUCUGUCUCUAACACCACUUCUAACACCAACAACAAUGCGCCUGUCUACGCCACUACGACUACCCUGCCUAAGAGCCGUCCAACUGCACAGUUUACGACCACCGAGAAGAUACACACUGUGGCCAAAAUAUUGACUGCCGAGCCCGGAGACAUCCGUCGAGCCAACGUUCGCCGGCCAACCACGUCAACGCUGGCAGCAAUCACGACUGUCGUAGCUAAAAUACCAUACACUGUAGUCUCCAGCUCGGCCACCAGCUCUACUAGCAUCCCACUAAAAACAUUGCGGUCAUACGCCAAAUUUAUGGAUGGAGAUGUGACCACCAUGAAAAACAGCCAGACAACCGAGCCGCCGAUUCACGUGUACAAGAAAAUCGAUUUACCGGAAUUGCCAAUCAGCGAUGACGGUGAUUACGUGCGCAAGCCCACAGUCAUCCCAUUCUCCARGAUCUUAUCAACCACGUUUUCUAGCUCCGUAAACAGAAAUGGUAAGAAUAUGGUUACCAUGCGGCAUUCGACACCACUGGCCAUGGCCGCUUUUACUACUAUUAGCACUUCUACUGGAUCUGCCGACGCACUCAACAACAGCACAUAUGCCGCCGACGCCGAAACAGCUACCACAAACACAGUAUCUGAUACAUCGUCACCCGUGUCCUCCGUUUCAAGUGAAGAUACCAACCACUGGAACCUCAUCCCGUCGCCCCCGUCGUCUCUGCCUACCAAAACUGCCAACGGCGCUGCCCCUGCCACCACGACUAGUGCUUCCGUGACUACUGCAUUCGACGUAACAUCCACCGCCACCAAUUUUGCGUCUUCAAACGACGCARAAACCUCCACUGUCACCUCUGCACUCACCACAACCACCAUUACCACCACUGCCAAUACCUCCACUGAAGCUGCUACCACAACUACUGCUCUUGCCAACCACCGGAAAAUUGUCAACUAUGACGCGUAUACCGACCACCCCAAUCGCAGCCGUCACAUAGUCCGCCCCAAACAGCAGCAUCACCAUUCCUAUCCUUACAUCUUGUAUAGACUUUUGGGAUGAACGGCAUCCUAUAUCCUCACAUACACUCCCUUUCAAGUACUCUAAGUAAUUACCGGAGAUCUAUCACCCAAAACAUUUUAUAUCCUGCUAAUUUCAUAUCCUUUGUCAUCCUUACCCUAAAAAACAUUCAGUACACAAAAUACAUUCGUUACUUAUUUGGGUACAUAAAAUAUUAUACUGUAAAAUAAUUAAUUCUAAAUUAUACCCUCCAACAGUAUAAAAUAACAAUCUACAAACAUUUUCCCAUAAAGAGCUCAAUUCGCCAUUUUGAAAUACAAAUUCUUUUACGUACGUGUCAUUUUCAACCACAUGUAUUUUAGUUUUUAGAAACCCUUGGCUAUAGAUUGGUGCGUCUACCAUUAAUUGGGAUAUGAGGUUUUAUAAUAACUAACUAAMAAAUUUGCCGGGUUUCACACAAAAUAACAUCCAAUAGUCGAUGUAAAUAUACAAUUUACUACAGUACAAUUUCAUUUGAAAUCAUGAUUUCAUAUUCAUUAUUUAUCACAUCUCAAUUCUCGGCUUCUAUUUAAAAUAAACAAAAUUACAAUUUCACCAUAGAUACAAGUCCUAAAAAAGUGCAAGAAAAAACGGAGUCUGGCAAAGAUUUUUGUUUUCCUUAAUACAAUGAACUAAUUCCUGAUUAAAAUAUAUUCCGUUGAUUCUUAUUUUGAAAUUAAAAAUUAAAAGAUUAAAUAACACUAAACCUUCUUAUACCGGAAUUAUACUAAUUCAUUUGAAACACUAUCUCAU